AGUUUUCAAUGUGCGCAGAAUGCAGGCUUCGUGAAGUUCAGCCUUCAAGAAUUUCAAAUGGAUAGAACGCUGGGUGAAGGAGUUUGUUGCGCUACAAUAAGACCAGAAGAAGAAUGCCGCUGCCAAAUAUAUGUGCAUGUUUGUGUGGGAGUUGGCCUCGAGCGCCGUAACUUCUACCGCGAUUGUUCGCUGCUCCAUCACAAUUCACGGGUUAUUGCCGGUACCCAGUUCUUCAGCAACUAUAAUUUCACCAUACCAUUCCACGUUCGAUGGCCUGUUCAGACUCGGCCGCUGGGUUUUGGCUGCUUCUUGGCCACCUGA